AUGCUACUUCGACGAUUAGUUGUACUCUAUUUAUUUAUCUUAUUUACUGGCAGUUUAGCUCAGAGAAAUGUGCCUAAUGUUGAUAAAGAAAAUGAUGAUGAAGAUGGCGAUGACAAUGAUUUAGAUACUCGAAAGCAAUCAUCAAUUAACAGUGAAAAACCUCGAAAGAGAAUUUCUGCAAGCAAUGACGAUAAUAAUGUUCGUAGCUUACAAAGAAGUGAUAAUCAACAACAAUCAGUAAAUUCGGCUCGUAAACCACAACAAAAUUUAAAUCCACUACCAGUAGCAGGUCAAUCUAGCAAAUCAGCACCAAUACCAAUAGCUAAUAGUGAAGAAUGUCGGGCUGAUGUACUAAGAUAUUGUUCUAAAGGAAGUAAACAAAUGAUUACAAAUUUAAAAGUAUUACAAUGUGUUGAUGAACUUGAUAAUGCUGUUAAUCUGAUAAGUAAAGAUUGUCAACAUCAUAUCUACAGUUUUAAAUAUAAUAUGACACAUGAUCCACGUUUUGAUGAUGCAGCACAAAGACAAUGUUCGAAAGAUAUUAAAUUACUUGAUGAAUGUGAAGAAUUCGUAGGUAAACGUGGUUCAGGUCGUCUUGUAUCAUGUUUAUAUGAUCGUUUGGGAAAUAUAACUGAACCAUCUUGUCGGUAUUUUAUUAAUCAAAUGCAAGCAGUUGUUUUUAAUGAUUGGAAAUUAUCGGAAUAUAUGGUUGAUGCAUGUAUGAGUGAUAUUAAUAAACUUGAAUGUGGACGAUUAGAUGAUGAUAAUAAAGCCAUUCCACAUGAACAAGGUGCUGUUAUUGCAUGUUUAUCACAAAAAUAUGCUCAGUUACAAGGAACGUGCAAAAAAGAAAUCUUCCGUUUAGCUGAAAUGCAAUCAGAUGAUUAUCAUCUUGAUCGUGCUUUAUUCUAUGCAUGUCGUGAUGAUCGUGAACGGUUAUGUUCUCAAGUACAAAGUGGAAAUGGUCGUGUUUAUCGUUGUUUAUAUGAUCAAAAAUUUAAUACUAUGAUGUCACCAGCUUGUCGUAAAGAAGUUCAACGUCGACAAUCGUUAGUUGUUGCUAAUGUACAAGUAGAUGCACCAUUAAUUCGAGCCUGUAAGGGUGAAAUGAUUCAACAUCAAUGUUCUGUUGAUCCUAAUGAAAAUGAUAAACGUUCAUCACUCGUCAAAUUACUUUUAUGUCUGGAAGAUAAAUUUAAAAAAGGUGAACAUAUCCAAGAUGAUUGUCGACGUGAAAUGCUUGUUCAUCGUCGUAUGUUAAUGUCGGAUUAUUCUCUUUCACCAGAAAUUGUUAGCGAAUGUAAAACUGAAAUGAUUAGAUAUUGUCCAUCAUUACUUCAACAAGGUGCUGGUGCUUCGAUUGAUCAACGUGGUGGACGAAUGAUCCAUUGUUUAUUGAAUAGUGCACGAAAACAAAAAGAUUUUGGUAGUUCAUGUUUAAAUGUGGUUAAAUCAUUAGUACGUGCAGUUGAUCCAGGUAGUGAUAUACGAGCUGAUCCAUUACUUGAAACAGCAUGUCGACCAGUUAUUGAUACAUUAUGUCCAAGGAUAAAACCUGGUGAUUCAAAUAUUAUCAUGUGUCUAUUAGAUAAUCUUAAAAGUAAUCGUAUGACAGAAGAAUGUGAAGAUCGCUUAAUGGAAGUUACAUAUUUUAUGGCACGAGAUUGGAGACUAACACCAAAAUUAUUACGUACAUGUCGAGCAAAUCUUGUAAAUCUAUGUCAACUUCCAACAAAUUGGUCAAUGACAAAUGAAUUAAAAGAUGAUCAAAUUGGAAUGUAUUUAGGUUGUUUAUAUCAACAACGACAACAACUUGAUAGAGAUUGUCGUACGGAAUUAAAACGCCUUAUGCAUAUUCGAUCACAAGCGAUUGGUUUAAUGCCUGAAAUUGAAGAUAAUUGUAUAGAAGAUUUAGCAACAUGUAAAAAUCCAGAAGUUAAAGGAGAAGAAAUGAAAUGUCUACAAAAAAAAUAUGCUAAACUUGAAGAAAAAUGUAAAGCAGCAGUUCGAAAUUUUACUCAAAUGACAAUGUCCGAUCCUACUCUUGAUUUUCUUCUUAUGAAAGCAUGUGAACCAAUGAUUCAAUUAUUCUGUGCGAAUAUCGAAGGUGGAAAUGAAAAUGAUUUAAUACGUUGUUUAAUAAAACAUAAAAAUGAACAAAAAAUGGAUUAUCGUUGUAAAGCUGGUAUUGAUCAUCAUCAAAUCACAAGUAUGAAGGAUGAAGCAUUUUUAAGUCAACAAUUUCGAAAAAAAUGUCGUCAAGAAGUCGAAGAACAUUGUAAAGGAAAAAAAACGAAAGCGUCUGUUAUUCAAUGUCUUGCUGAUUUAAUGUUAAAAGAUGUUUUAAAAGGACAAAAUCAAAUAACUGAAGUUUGUCGUGAUGAACUCAAAUUUGAACUUCUUCAACGAAGUGAAAGUAUUGAAUUCGAUCCAUUAUUAGCUAGAGCAUGUCAAGGAGAUAUCAAAAAAUUUUGUGCGGAUCGUACACCUGGAAAUGCUGAAAUUCUUGAUUGUUUAAAAGAUAAUCAUGCUAAAGUUUCACCGAUGUGUUAUGCUAAACUGAAAAAACGUCAAAAACUUGAUGUUAUUUUACCAGAAAAUGAUUUUAGUCUUGUGUCAAAAUGUGCUCCAGUUAUUCAAAAAUUUUGUUCAAAUGAAAAGAAACAAAACAUGUUAUCAUGUUUACGACGUAAUGCUAAUCAAGAUCAAAUGCCAAAUAUAUGUCGACGAGUUUUAUAUCAUCGUUUAAUGAUUUUAAAUACUGAUGCUCGUUUCAACAGAGGUUUAGUUGAAAAUUGUAAACAAGAUAUCGAAAAAUGGUGUGGUUCAGAAGUUGUUGAUGAGGAUGACGAUGAUAAAGAUUCCGAUGAUGAUGAUGCCAACAAUAAAGAUAAUGAUGAUAACAAUGAUGCAAAAGGUGGUGAUAGUGAAGUGACUGAUCGUGACAUGGGUGGUCGAAUUAUUGGAUGUUUACGGGCAAAAUAUGCUGAUUCAACAGCAACAUUAGAAUCUCAAUGUGUAACAGAAUUAAUUGAUGUUAUUCAAACAUCAAAACUUGAUGUUACAAUGGAUAUUAAACUUUAUCAAAGUUGUCGAAAACAACUUGAUAAUAAAUGUACUGGCAUGGAUAAAGAAGAUUGUUUGAAAUUAUUGUAUCAAAAAGGUCAACUUAAUGAUGAUGCUUGUAGAGAACAAGUUAAACGUAUUAUAAGAGAAGGACGAGCUGACAUACAUGUUGAUCGUGCAUUAGCAUUUGCAUGUCAAACUGAUAUCUUAAAAUAUUGUAAUGAUAUUCCUAUAGGAAGUGGUAAACAAUUACAAUGUCUAAUAAAUAUGGGUAAAUCAGUUACAACUCAAUGUCAAAAUAUGUUAAAACAACGACAAGAAUUAUGGGGAGAAAUAUCCAGUGUGGACGGUGUUGUAUCGUUAACUAAAGAAAUUAGCAAAUCAAGCAAUAAUAUCUAUUUGAUUAGUGUUAUUCUUUUGAUUCUAUGUGUUAUGUUUAUGGCUGGUUGUGUUUGUCGACCAUAUUUACGAUAUAAUCGUGUCAGGAAAUAUAAAUAA